AGAGUCAGGGUCCUCCGCUGCCUGAGGCGUCAACAUGCCUGCCUGCAAUGUGUUUGUGCAUUUCUGGAAACUUAUAAUCAUGGCAGAAGGGGAAGGGGAAGCAGGCACCUUCUUCACAAGACGGCAGGAGGGAGUGAGUGGAGAACCAGGUCUAGCUCUGUCAUCCAGGCUGGAGCGUAGUGGUGUGAUCUCAGCUCGCUGCAACCUCCACCUUCUGGGCUUGAGAGAUUCUCUUGCCUCAGCCUCCCGAGUAGCUGGGACUACAGGAAGAAGUGUGUUAUAUAUGACUGACUUCAGUUUUGUCCGUUUCAGGGAUCUAAAUUCCAACCCUCAGAGACUCCAUUUUUGCAUUUCAUAUUAAGAAACUGUCAAUGAGGAACAAAAGUGUCUUCAGAUAAGAAGGAAAUUUUCUUGAAAAGCAUAGGAAUUGAUCUCAAGGAGAAAGAAAUCCGGACACUGAGUGACCACCUACCAGUUGAUGAUAAUGGGAAGAUUGAUUUUAAUGUGAUGAUGGAUGAAGUUAAAAAUGUUACAGGAGAGCAGAUUCAUGCUGGGGAUGUGAAAAAUGUUCUGGAAAACAUGGGAAUAGAGAUCACAAAUAAGGAGCACAAAAAGCUGCUGAAAACUCUGCCAGUUUCUGCUGAUAAAAAGGUGUUUAAGAAAGAAUUAUUGGAUGGUGUGAAAUCCUUCAGAGGAGGGCAGGUUAAUGUCAAUGACCUAACAAGUGUUCUACAAAACACUGGGUUCAGACUCAAAGCAAAAGAAAUCAAGGACCUGAAGACUCACCUGCCAGUGACUGAAAAUGAAAAGGUCGACCUGGAUGUCUUGAUGGAUGCAGCAAAAGCUUUUACAGGAGAAAAGGUUGAAGCUGAGAACCUUAAAAAUGUGCUGAGAAACAUGGGGAUCGAACUAACAGAAAAAGAACACUCAAUGCUGUUAAAAACUCUGCCAGUCUGUGAUGGAAACAUGUAUAAGAAAAAAUUACUGGAUAGUGUGAAGCCUCUCAAAGGAAAAAAAGUCAAUGUCAGUAAUCUGGAAAGUCUUCUAAAUAAUAUGGAAAUCGAAGUUGGGAAAGAGGAAUAUGAGGACCUACUGAACCAUCUGCCAGUUGAUGAAAAUGAAAUGGUUGAUGUGAAUGUGGUGAUGGAUGAAGCAAAAGCUUUUACAGGAGAAAAAGUUAAUGUCAGUAAUCUGGGGAAUGAGCUGAGGAAAAUGGGGCUCGUACUCACUGAUGAGGAGCACGAGAAGCUGCUGAAAACUCUGCCAAUUCGCACUAGUGGAAAGGUAUAUAAGAAUAGAUUGCUCAAAGGUGUGAAGGCCCGCAACGGGCCAAGGGUCAAAAUAAAAAAGGUGGAGACUUUUUUGGAAAACAUGGGAACUAAAAUCAAGGAUGAGGAACUUGAGGAACUCAUUACCCAACUACCAACUGAGGGUGAGACAGCAGUUGACCUGAAUGACUUAAUGGAUGCUGUCAGUUACAUCAAGGGAGAGGUGAUUGAUGUCCAGAACUUAGACAACUUUCUAGCAAGCGAAGGGAUUGAGCUCACAGAAGAAGAAAUGAAGGAGUUGAUGCCUCAUUUGACAUUUAACGGAAAUGGAAAGAUUAAUGUUAAUUCAAUAAUGGAGGGCCUGAAGAAGUUUAAACCAAAAGGAAUGGUGACUCUGCAUAAGUUGAAAACUGCAAAUGAUGUUAAAGACAGAGUCACUGGCCACAUGGCAGUUUCAGAAAUUAAACCAAAACUUAAGCUGAAUCCUCUAACAAAAGUACCCAUCUCCCACAAUAAAAGGGAUAGAGACUUACCAGGAUCUCUUCAAUGCCAAUUACAACACAAAGAAAAGAAGCUAAGUGCUUCACAAAUGGCAGCUUUCCAAGAUGCCUACAACUUCUUCUACAAGGACAAAACUGGCUAUAUUGAUUUCCAUGGACUGAUGUGCACUGUAGCUAAGCUGGGAAUGAAUCUAACCAAGCAUGAUGUCUAUAAUGAAUUGAAAUGUGCUGAUAUUGAUCGAGAUGGGAAGGUGAACUUCUCAGACUUUAUCAAGGUUCUAACAGAUAAGAAUCUCUUCCUCAAGGCAGUGGUUCCAGAAAAGGAGACCUGUUUAGAUUUAGCUGGCAACCCAGGAAUCCUAUUGUUUGAAAUCCUAUCAAGGCUUCUAGAGACUUCAGCCCUACCCAGAAAGUCUAUAAUAGAAAUAGUAAGCUAUUUCCAAAGAAAAUUCCAGCAUACUGGCCCAGGAAUGUUGUGGAGUCCCUACACUAUGGGCUAUGGAAAAAGGACACUUAAGCCAGACAUAUGCACACCUCCAAGCUCAAGCAUGGCUGCCUUUGCUAAUGCUGCCCGGAUUGCAAUAACGAAAGAAAAGGAUUUAUUUAAAUUUCUUGAAGAGCUCAAGAGAUGCAAUUCCGGUUCAGAUAGCCCAUAUUCAAAAAUACCCAUCUUUCCAUUGUUCCCUAAUGUGGAUGGGGUGGUGAUGGGAAAGCCAUUCAAAGACAUGCAGAAAUUAGAGAUGCUAAGAAUAAAGGAGCCUUUGCAUUUCUUUGAGGAUUAUUUUUUCCAUAAAAGAGACUGGAAAACACAGGCAGCAAAUAUAAAGUCUAUGGACCCUGCCUCAGGUUAUUCAAAUAACAUCCUCACCAUUGAUCAAAUGCUCAAGAAAAAGCAGACUUGUACAGUGGCCGAUGCAACUGCUAUUAAACAACAUGUGAAGAGAGCUACUGAUACCUAUAAUUUAGGAAUUGCCCUUGAACACCGAAAAGAAAUGCUAAACCUCUGGCAGAAGAUCCGAGGGGAUUUGAUUGGGAUAGACUCUAGAAAUGAGUCCUUUUAUGACACCUUUUCUACUUAUACAUGGUCCUGGAAUGUUUGCCAAGAAUUACUUUCUCCUAAGGACUUAAGGUUAUAUGAUGCCUAUGUGAAUAGAAAUUCCUCCCAUAACUGCAGAUCCUCUUCCUCAUCAGAUACCAGUGAAUGUGACACAGACUCAGGAAGAAAAAGAAAACGGAAAGGUUUAAAGGGAUUUCAACAAUGAAAUUUCUACAUUUUCUAAACAGCUCAUCACAAACUACUUUUUCAUAGUUAUCAAAAUUAUUGUUUCUUGCUUUUGUCUAAGUACAUUCUUAGAAGCUGGAAAUUUUGACAUCUUUUGGAUUCUGACCAGUAAAAAAGUUUAAGUCAU